UCGUCUACCCAAUUUUUACUUCAUUUUUCUUAUUUUCAUUUUUUAACAUUUCACAAAAUUUUAUACAUUUACAGACAUUUUCUUUUAUAUCCAAGAUAUAUUUUUUGUAAAAUGACUCAACGAAAGGACAAUAGUUUAUCAAGUAUUUCUGCUUUAAUUCAUCCAGUUGUUGUUUUAAAUAUUUCUGACCAAUGGACGAGGGCUCGCGUUUGCGGGGCAAUUCUUGGAAAACAAUCUGGACGGGAUGUUGAAAUUUGGAAUUCUUUUGAACUUAAAUCUUCUAUUGUUGAAUCACAUUUAGUGCUUGACGAGGAAUAUUUUGUUCAACGAAAUUUGCUUUAUAAAGAAACCUUUGCUGAAUUAGAAUUUCUUGGUUUUUAUGUUUCUGGUGAUCAUGAACGAGUAAUUGAAGAUGACAUUUAUUUGCAACGUCAGGCUUUGCAACACAAUGAAUCACCUUUUCUUCUUAAAUUUAAUGUCUUCGCUCCUGUUUCAAUUUCUGUUUUUGAUUCGUCUGUUGACCCUGUUAAUGAAAAUAGUCUCAUUUUCCAUUCAAUAACAGUCAAAAUUGUUAGUGAAAUGGCAGAACAGAUUGGAUUGGACCAUGUUGCUAGAUAUUCUAAAACAAAUGCAUCGGCAGAGUCGACUACCUCAAAACAAAUGGCUGCACAAUUUGGAGCAAUUAAUACUUUUCUUCAAGGAAUUGCUGUUGCCAAAGCUUAUGUUAAGUCUGUUCAACUUGGACAAAUUGAAAAGGAUGAUUACAUUCUUAAAGAAAUUAAUAAACUUUGUUUCAAACUUUCUGUUCACAGUGAGAAAUUUGCAGAACAAUGCAGUCGGGAUAAUUUACAAACUUCUGAUCAUAAAUUAUUGGUUUUAUUGAGUGCCUUUUGCAGUGUGCAAGGAGCAAUGUUUCAAUUGGUGGAGAAAGUAAAUACAUUAGCCCGUGAUCACAGUCAUCGAGAGCGGUCUUCUUUUCUUCAACUUUUAUCGUCUGGCGAUGUAAGUAAAGCACUUCCUCAUUAUUCUGGAGUGUAUUCUCCUAAUAUAUUUUUCUGA